AUGCCUAAUAUAUGUGGUGAUUUUAUCUAUCAUAUCUAUUUUUAUGCACUACAAAUGUGGUGCGGAAUCGUUGAGGAACCCUGUGUUGGAAAGUAUAACGCAGCUGAUCGUAUUAAGCAAACUGUAUGUACUUUGGUAAGGGAUGAAGCGUUAUGUAAGGAGAUGUCGGCGAAAAUAUCACAUAAGAGAUUGAUGGUAUCCAGCUAUUGGUGUUGGGCGGCCCAAUAUGGUGGUGAAUCUACGAGAAACUCAGCGCUGUCAACGGUCAACCGCAUUUCUUAUUGUGAAACUCCCAUUCCAGUCUUUUGUAAAGGAAAGCACUCAGAAUUUCUAAACAAACGUACGAUUUUGGACAUCCUACGGUAA